AUGGCUUCCUCGACUGCCUCCGGGUGGACACAGCUUCGGCAACAAACCCGGUCACUUGAGACUCAGACCGAGAACCUCUUCCAUACGUAUUCACAAUUUGCUUCCAUCACCAAACCUCCACCAUCACCUACCGAAGAAGAGCUACGGCUCGAAUCACAAUUGAAGGACCUCCUCCAAAGACGCGAGUCUCUCAUCGCCCAAUUAUCCCGUCUCCUCGAUUCCGAAGCUACUCUCACAUCCUCCGCCGUGAAACAGAACAACGUCUCCCGCCACCGCGAAGUGCUGCAAGACCACCGCCGCGAGCUCCAACGUCUAGCUGCAGCUAUCUCCGAAUCGCGCGAUCGCGCAAACCUACUCUCCAAUGUCCGUUCAGAUAUUGACUCCUACCGCGCAUCAAACCCUGCCGCCGCUGAGGCGGAAUACAUGCUUGAAGAGCGAGGCCGAGUCGAGAACAGCCACAACAUGAUGGACGGUGUGCUAAGCCAGGCGUAUGCCAUCAAUGAGAACUUCGGGGUCCAGAGUGAGACCAUCGCUAACAUCAAUCGGCGUAUUGUCGGCGCCGCUGCCAACGUCCCUGGCAUGAACUAUCUAAUCGGCAAGAUUGGAAAUAAGAAGAGGCGAGAUGCUAUUAUACUCGGGUGUUUCAUUGGGUUUUGUUUCUUGAUGUUGCUGUUCUUCCGGUAA